AUGACCCAUGAUGGCGUGUGUAUUCUUAUUCUAUCCCUCAAGCACGGAGCCCCCUACCCCCAAGACCUACAAUACGUACAAACCGUCCGACGCAACCUCAUCCCGCAACUCAGCUGGCCGACCAUCAAGAAGAACCUAGAAUACUUCUCCACACGCUUCCCCACACGCUUCUGCAAGUCCAAAAGCGGCGCCAAAGCCGCACAGUGGCUUCUCACGCAGGUGCAAGAUGUCGUGGCACGAGCAAACCACGCGUCUCAAACGACAACAACAACAACAGCAGCAGCAGCAGCAGUGGUGGUAAGCGUCGCCCCGUUUAAGCAUUCCAAGUUCGGCCAGAAAUCCAUUGUCGCGCGCAUCCAGGGCAGAAGCAACACAACGGUAAUCGUCGGCGCGCACCUCGACUCGAUCAACGUGAAGAAGCGCAAAACAGGGCGCGCACCGGGCGUCGAUGACAACGGCAGCGGUACUUUUCUCCUACUCGAGUGCCUGCGUGUUUUGCUCACCGACGCGCAUCAUCAUGGAUAUGGGCUCGAGAAGACGAUUGAGUUUCACUGGUAUGCGGCCGAGGAGGUUGGCCUGCGUGGUAGUCGCGAUGUGUUUCGCCGUUAUCGCCGCGAGGGCAGGCGUGUCUGGGGCGUGCUGCAGCAGGAUAUGGUGGGGUAUACGCGGGGCACGCUGGAUGCGGGCAAGGAGGAGAGUUUUGGCCUGAUGACGGAUUUUACGCACGCCGGCUUGAAUGCGUUUGUUGCGCAGGUUAUUCAUGAGUACACGGACAUUAGCUAUGUUAACAGCACGUGCGGCUACGCGUGCUCAGAUCACGUUUCUGCAACGCGCAACGGGUUCCCGGCUUCGUUUGUGUUGGAGUCGGCGCCCGAGUAUCAGAAUCCGUAUAUUCAUACCCCAAGGGAUACCAUGGAGCAUAUUGAUCCGGCGCAUGUGCUGCAGCAUGGGCGCUUGGUGCUGGGGUUUUUGUAUGAGUUGGGAUUUAGCAAGUAG